AUGAAAACCGAUCUUGAAUUCCAAACCACCAGAAAUGGCGCCGCCGGAGUAGCAGAUCCAAUGGAGGAAGACGACCAGAAACCCCAACUACAAGUGGCGGCGGCGCCACCACCACCACCGGCGGCAGAACCAACCGAACUGGCCUACAUUCCAGACUGCAUUAUAGAAGAGAUCUUAACACGGGUCCCUGCAAAAACAGUGUUUCGCUGCAUGGCCGUCAGUCAUCCAUGGCUGUCAAUGUUAGACAACAGAAGAUUCUUCCAGAAACACCACUCUCUCUCCUCCGCCCGCCCGCUGGUGGUUUUCAGCGACCCGUUGGGCGGCAAAGCGAAUCGGAUCCUCCACCUCUACGAGGGUCGAACAUCAUCCGAUUUCGAACCGAGGACCCGGAGCCUCAGCACCCGGAUCGACUUUCCAGAUAUAGCGCGUGGCCGCUGCACUUUCCUUCACGACGUCAAUACCUUGGUCACCUCGUGUAAGGGUUUGGUCUGCUGGGCCACUCACCGUGGGGCCGGUGACGUGGUCAUUUCGAACCCGAUCACGGGCGAGUACGUCUUGGCCAACACCCACGCGCGUGGGAGGAACAGCCUCAGAGAGGUGGCUUCCGUUUUCAUAGGCCUCGGGUAUAGCCGCCGCACAAACAGUUUCGAGCUCUUGAAAAUGACUCUCGGGUUGCUCGACCCGAUCGACUUUACCAUGGGUUGGUACCCGGAGCUCCUCGCUCUGGGUGCCAAGUCAUCAUGGAGGCCCGCCGGUGAGGCUUCCGAAUUUGACUUUUCUCGGAAGGUUUGCGAUUUGGUCAACGUCGAUGACGGAACCGUGUACUGGAGGUACAAGGAGGAGCCCUCGAUUUGCUCCUUCGAUUUCGACCGGACCCUCUUCCGGUUCGUGGACCUACCCGAAUUCGAGGGUCCGGCUCUCAAAACGGUUAGUUUGGGAGUGUUGGACAGCGCUCUCUGCGUGUCGUUCGUUUCUCCCGACGAUAGCCACGUGGAGCUAUGGUCGGCUAGGACGGUUGACAAUGGUGGGGCCCACGGUGUGGGGACGGCUUGGAAGAAGCUCUACCAUAUAGAGACGGUGACGACCAUGCUCGAGAACAGCGGUAGGGUUUGGUCGAGGGGUGCGUAUCAACCGGUCAUGUAUGUGGAGGCUAAUAAAAUAUUGAUGCACGACUGGAGGACCAAUUUCCUUAUGUACGAUGUGGUCGCACGGAGCGAGAGCGUGUUCCCUAUUACGGAGGAUAUACACGUUGAGGAUGGGCAUAGGGCGGCGGUGCAAGUGGUUUCUCAUGUACCCAAUAUUAUCUGCUUGCGGGAGACACUCAACAUUCAGGAAGGGAAUGUUAGGAUUUUGCGAACCGAUGUGAGGUAA